UGGGCUGUAACUGCAGCCAGCCCAGACGUCUCCCUCCACCACCCCAUCGUCAGCGCCCACCCUGACCCCCGGCCCAGCCGCGCUCCGAAGUGACCCGCGGGCUGGCCGGCAACAUGAGGCUGGCUCCCAGCAUUCUGCUGCCCUUUCUGCUACAGGCCUGCUGGGUGGCUGCUCAGGACGUCCCAGGGAACUCAAAGGCCAUCGCCUUCCAAGAUUGUCCUGUGGAUCUAUUCUUUGUGCUGGACACCUCGGAGAGCGUGGCCUUGAGACUGAAGCCCUAUGGAGCCCUUGUGGACAAGGUGAAGUCCUUCACUAAGCGCUUCAUCGACAACCUGAGAGACAGGUACUACCGCUGUGACCGCAACCUGGUGUGGAACGCGGGCGCGCUGCACUACAGCGACGAGGUGGAGAUCAUCCGCGGGCUCACACGAAUGCCCGCUGGCCGGGACGAGCUCAAGGCCAGCGUGGACGCGGUCAAGUACUUUGGCAAGGGCACCUACACGGACUGCGCCAUCAAAAAGGGCCUAGAGGAGCUGCUCAUAGGGGGAUCCCACCUGAAGGAGAACAAGUACUUGAUCGUGGUGACAGAUGGACACCCCCUGGAGGGCUACAAAGAGCCGUGUGGGGGCCUGGAGGACGCGGUCAAUGAGGCCAAGCACUUGGGCAUCAAAGUCUUCUCUGUGGCCAUCACACCUGACCACCUGGAGCCACGUCUGAGCAUCAUCGCCACGGACCACACGUACCGACGCAACUUCACCGCGGCGGACUGGGGCCAGAGCCGCGACGCCGAGGAGGUCAUCAGCCAGACCAUCGACACCAUCGUGGACAUGAUCAAAAACAAUGUGGAGCAAGUGUGCUGCUCCUUCGAGUGCCAGCCUGCCAGAGGACCCCCAGGGCCCCGGGGUGACCCUGGGUAUGAGGGAGAGCGAGGAAAGCCGGGGCUCCCAGGAGAAAAAGGAGAAGCUGGAGACCCCGGAAGACCUGGGGACCUGGGACCAGUCGGGUACCAGGGUAUGAAGGGAGAAAAAGGGAGCCGCGGGGAGAAGGGGUCCAGGGGACCAAAGGGCUACAAGGGUGAGAAGGGCAGGCGCGGUAUCGACGGAGUGGAUGGCAUGAAGGGGGAGACAGGGUACCCAGGCCUGCCGGGCUGCAAGGGCUCCCCAGGAUUCGAUGGCAUUCAAGGACCCCCAGGCCCCAAGGGCGAUGCUGGUGCCUUUGGGCUGAAAGGAGCAAAGGGUGAAGCUGGAGCAGACGGGGAAGCUGGGAGACCCGGGAGCUCAGGGCCACCUGGAGACGAGGGAGAGCCGGGAGAGCCUGGUCCCCCUGGAGAAAAAGGAGAGGCUGGUGAUGAGGGGAACGCCGGUCCAGAUGGUGCCCCUGGAGAGAGGGGCGGCCCUGGAGAAAGAGGACCCCGAGGGACCCCGGGAGUGCGAGGCCCAAGAGGAGACCCAGGUGAAGCUGGACCCCAAGGUGACCAGGGAAGAGAAGGCCCUGUCGGCAUCCCUGGUGACCCAGGUGAGGCUGGCCCCGUCGGACCUAAAGGAUACCGAGGUGAUGAGGGGCCCCCGGGACCUGAGGGCCUCAGAGGAGCCCCGGGACCUGCUGGACCCCCUGGAGAUCCAGGGCUGAUGGGGGAGAGGGGUGAAGAUGGCCCUCCAGGAAAUGGCACCGAGGGCUUCCCCGGCUUCCCCGGGUAUCCGGGCAACAGAGGACCACCUGGGCUGAACGGCACAAAAGGUUACCCCGGUCUCAAGGGGGACGAGGGAGAAGCUGGGGACCCUGGAGAGGAUAACAAUGACAUCUCACCCCGUGGGAUCAAAGGGGCAAAGGGAUACCGUGGCCCAGAAGGCCCUCAGGGACCCCCAGGACAUGUUGGACCACCGGGACCAGAUGAGUGUGAGAUUCUAGACAUCAUCAUGAAGAUGUGCUCUUGCUGCGAGUGCACUUGCGGCCCCAUCGACAUCCUAUUUGUGCUGGACAGCUCUGAGAGCAUUGGCCUGCAGAACUUUGAGAUUGCCAAGGACUUCAUUGUCAAGGUCAUUGACCGGCUGAGCAGGGAUGAGUUAGUGAAGUUCGAGCCAGGCCAGUCGCACGCGGGUGUGGUGCAGUACAGCCACAACCAGAUGCAGGAGCAUGUGGACAUGCGGAGCCCCAACAUUCGCAGCGCCCAGGACUUGAAAGAAGCUGUCAAGAAGCUGCAGUGGAUGGCCGGCGGCACGUUCACGGGGGAGGCGCUGCAGUACACGCGGGACCGGCUGCUCCCACCCACCCAGAACAACCGCAUAGCCCUGGUCAUCACCGACGGCCGCUCCGACACCCAGAGGGACACCACGCCCCUCAACGUGCUCUGCGGCCCCGACAUUCAGGUGGUCUCUGUGGGCAUUAAGGACGUGUUCGGCUUUGUGGCGGGCUCCGACCAGCUCAACGUCAUCUCCUGCCAAGGCGUGCUGUCCCAAGGGCGGCCGGGCAUCUCCCUGGUGAAGGAGAACUAUGCAGAGCUACUGGAUGACUCUUUUCUGAAGAACAUCACAGCCCAGAUCUGCAUAGACAAGAAGUGCCCGGAUUAUACCUGCCCAAUCACAUUCUCCUCCCCGGCUGAUAUCACCAUCCUGUUGGACGGCUCGGCCAGCGUGGGCAGCCACAACUUUGACACCACCAAGCUCUUUGCCAAGCGCCUGGCAGAGCGCUUCCUGUCUGCGGGCCGGGCGGACCCGUCCCAGGAUGUGCGGGUGGCCGUGGUCCAGUACAGCGGCCCAGGCCAGCAGCAGCCCGGGCGGGCGGCCUUGCAGUUCCUGCAGAACUACACGGUGCUGGCCAGCACCGUGGACAGCAUGGACUUCUUCAAUGACGCCACUGACGUCAACGACGCCCUCGGCUACGUGACACGCUUCUACCGAGAGGCCUCCUCAGGUGCCGCCAAGAAGAGGGUGCUGCUGUUCUCAGACGGCAACUCACAGGGGGCCACGGCCGCGGCCAUCGAGAAGGCCGUGCAGGAGGCCCAGCGCGCGGGCAUCGAGAUCUUCGUGGUGGUGGUGGGGCCCCAGGUGAACGAGCCCCACGUCCGCGUCCUGGUCACCGGCAAGACCACAGAGUACGAUGUCGCCUUUGGCGAGCGCCACCUGUUCCGUGUGCCCAGCUACCAGACCCUGCUCCGUGGCGUCUUCUAUCAGACAGUCUCCAGGAAGGUGGCACUUGGUUAGAAGGCCCCACACGUGGCCCCACGCGUGGGUGGCGCACUGUGACAAGCCUCCCACCGCUGAUCAAACAGGAAGAAGAAAUGUGACCUGGAUUCUCCUGGCCCGAAAGAAAGUCAGCCAGACUGUUCUAAAGCCAAAGCUAUGGAGAGACACGCUCAGUGCUCGGUGCUCGGUGCAGAGUCCUCCGCGCACAUCUCUGCUGGUGGCUGCCUUCCUCCCUCCCUCGCUCGCCUCCCUCUGUACCUGGGCUGCACCCCGCAGCCUUCCCCGGUCCCCCUGCCGGGGCUUCACUUCCCAGCAUCUUCUCGCCAGUCCUGCAGAUUCUCACCACGUAGCGCCUUCCACGGGGUCAAAGCAAACCCUGCUUUUAGCUCAGCUCAUUGGCCUGUGUCUCAACUUCUGGAAAACUGAAGCCUAGAGGAUUUCCAAAUAUAAACCUUGAGGAGUCCCCUCCUCCUCAUCAGGUGCUCUUCAGUGACUGACAGGGACCUGGGUCCCGGCCCUUGGUGGCUCAGUGUGCGUAGCAGGGAAGGCCGGCUCUGGCUUCCUGCUCUUGCGCUCAGAGCCGAGGUGCUGCCCGCGAGGGCCCCACACUGACAGAGGCCGGGCCUGGACAGGACGUGCACGGGGGUUCUGUCAGAAUCAACCUGGACCUCCCUUUCCUCAAAAUAGUUACUUGCCCUUCCUCUUACGACUUCCUUUGGUUUGUGUCGUUCUUACUCCCCGUGGCCCCUCGACCUGGUCCAAAUAGCUGUCUCUGCUAAUAAAGAUUUCCACUCCUC